UAUUUCCCCAUUCGCCAUACCCUCGUUUUCCGCCUCCGGCUCACCGGAGUUUGCUCGCCGCCGCCUCGUCACCACUUUCUCCUUUUUUUCAAGACUUGUGCGCCCUCAAGAAUAAUCACUCCUUUUCGAUAGAAUUUGAACACUUACAAAACAGUGAUUGGACAUCUCCGAAUUGGGGCAACGAAGAGGGGGAAGGUAAUAGCCACUGAUGACUGUUGAGGCAUGUCAUAAGCAAAAGCUAAUGGAUGAUAUGGAUGACGAUGAUGGACCAUUAGUUUUUAAAAGGAGUAGCUCUUCUUCUUCAAAGCAAAACCAGUCAAACUCAGAAACUAAAAGAUCAGUCCCUCAUAAACAUGAUCAACAACUAGGGAGGCCAGCAUCAAAUGCACGGCCACAAAAUGGUCAGAAUAACUCUGUUCAAAGGAGUAAGAUAGUCCCUGCUUCUAAGACACCUCCAGAUAGACCUCCUCCACUGAGCCCAAAAUUAUCUAAUUCUCUUUCCAAGGAAUCGGAAGUAAAGUCUACCAGGGUAGAUUCUAGACCUUCCACUUCAAUGAGAGGUGAGUUAACCUCUGUCAAGCGUCAGAUUAAAGGUGAGAAUUCUUUGAGUGGAUCUACUCGUGGACCAAAGGAGGAAUCGGAAGAUUCUGAAGAUGAUAAACCCCUUAGUGCUAGGCUUCAGGCUGGCCGAUCAAAGAUCAACUCUGGCAAUGCUGAUAAAGGGGCUAAUGCUUCAAAUUUUAGUCAAACAUCAAAGAUUCCCAAAUCAGAAGAUUCAGAUGAUGAAAUGCCUUUGUCUUCUAAGUUUCGAGUUAAGGCUGCUGCUGGGGGUUCAACUAACAGAUCUUCAACAUCUGGUGAGAAAAAACCUCUGGUGGCAGAAUGUGGUCAAAAUGGUUCAGCAUCAACAGAUAGGAAAUCUUCAACUGUUUUGAAGAAGAGAAUUGUAGAUAGUAUAAAACCUUCAGACGCAUCUUCUUUAAAAAGGCCCAAGUUAUCUGAGACAUCUACACCUCAUAAAAAUAAAGAUUCGUCCAUUAAAGCUGAAAUGAAGGAAGAUGAUGAAGAUCAUGUUCCAAUAUCACAAAGAAUAAAGAAGACGGCUGUUGCAGAGAAGAAAUCAGCACCGAUCAAAAAAUUGACUGCACCUACAACUCCAAUAACCAAGAAGUUCAAUAAAAAACCAAAUAAGACAAUUAAAAACACAAAGUAUUCUGAGUCAUCAAAGGUUCCUCCUAGCUCUGGUGAAGGGCAGAAGUGGACCACUUUGGUCCAUAGUGGUGUGAUUUUUCCACCUCCAUACAAGCCUCACGGUGUCAAGAUUCUCUAUAAAGGGAAGCCUGUUGACUUGACCCCGGAACAGGAAGAGGUGGCGACAAUGUUUGCAGUGAUGCUUGAUACUGAGUACAUGGAUAAGCCUAAGUUCAAAGAGAACUUCAUGGAUGACUGGCGGAAGAUUUUGGGAAAAAAUCACAUUAUUCAGAGCUUAGAACACUGUGAUUUCACUCCAAUAUAUGAUUGGCAUCAGAGUGAAAAGGAGAAGAAGAAACAGAUGACAACGGAGGAGAAGAAAGCUCUGAAAGAGGAGAAACUGAAGCAAGAGGAAAAAUAUAUGUGGGCCAUUGUUGAUGGUGUGAAAGAGAAGGUUGGAAACUUCAGAGUUGAACCACCUGGAUUGUUCCGCGGCCGGGGUGAGCACCCAAAGAUGGGGAAACUGAAAAAAAGAAUUCGCCCAAGUGACAUAACCAUCAAUAUUGGGAGGGAUGCUCCAAUUCCUGAGUGUCCUAUCCAUGGCCAAAGCUGGAAAGAAAUAAGACACGACAACACAGUGACAUGGUUAGCUUUCUGGAACGACCCCAUUAAUCCGAAGGAAUUCAAAUAUGUAUUUCUUGCUGCAAGUAGUACCUUAAAAGGUCAAAGUGACAAAGAGAAGUAUGAGAAAGCCAGGCUAUUAAAGAACUAUAUACAAGGUAUCCGCACAGCAUAUACCAAGGACUUUACAAGCAAAGAUCCUACUAAGAAGCAGAUAGCAGUAGCAACAUAUCUUAUUGACAAACUGGCUCUUCGGGCAGGCAAUGAGAAGGAUGAUGAUGAAGCUGACACAGUAGGUUGCUGUACGUUAAAAGUUGAAAAUGUGGAACCAGUGCCUCCAAAUAUCUUGAAGUUUGAUUUUCUUGGUAAAGAUUCUAUAAGGUAUCAGAAUGAAGUCGAGGUUGAAGUUGCUGUGUUCAGGGCAAUCCAAGAGUUUCGGAAUAAGAAAAAAGGUGGAGAUGAUAUAUUUGACAAACUAGAUACUAGUAAACUGAAUGCUCAUCUAAAGGAAUUGAUGCCUGGUCUCACUGCUAAGGUCUUUCGUACAUACAAUGCAUCUAUUACAUUGGAUGACAUGCUGAGCAGGGAGACAAAAGGGGGAGAAGUUGCUGAAAAAGUUGUUGUUUAUCAGCAUGCAAACAAGGAGGUUGCCAUCAUUUGUAAUCAUCAACGUACUGUCUCAAAGUCCCACAGCGCUCAGAUGACGCGCUUGAAUGAAAAGAUAGACGAACUAAAGGGUGUUUUGGAAGAAUUGAGGACAGAUUUGGCUAGGGUCAAAAAGGGGAAGCCCCCCUUGAUGAGAUCGGAUGGGAAGUCGAAAAGGAAUUUAAAUCCUGAUUCAUUGGAGAAAAAGAUAUCUCAAACCACAGCAAAGAUUGAAAAAAUGGAAAGAGAUAAGGAUACAAAAGAGGAUCUAAAAACUGUAGCAUUGGGUACGUCAAAGAUCAACUAUCUUGAUCCUAGGAUCACCGUUGCAUGGUGCAAACGCCAUGAAGUUCCUAUUGAGAAGAUUUUUAACAAGUCCUUACUGGCAAAAUUCGCCUGGGCAAUGGAUGUCGAUCCAGGUUUCAGAUUCUAAAUUGUAUGUUGGUUGUGUUCCAUAAGCCCAGAGAGAUGGAGUGAGAAUGUCGAAAACGGAGUAAAGCAGAAACAUUUUGUUAACAGGCAUCUGCCUACAAGUGAAAUUUGAAGAUCCUUAUUUCAUUGUACGAUCUCGAUGAAAUUGCGGGGCCGUAGCUCCCAUCUGAGAGUUCAUUUUGACCAUUGAAUUCGAGAAAUUCAGCUCAUCGUUUACGCUCUCUUUAACUCCCCAUAUUUUAGAUCCAGCGAGUGAUAACACAUCUUCGAUGAACAUUCUUUUGAUUUAUGGCAUAUAGAAAAUAAUGAUAUUUUUGGCAACACUACCUAAAUUUUAUAGUAAUUCUUUUGGUUGUUGCAGCUGAUACUAGCCUAAAAGCUUGUAUUGUAAAUUGAUAAAUAUCCCUUUACUUACUUGAAAA